AUGAGUGAUGGAUUCGGUACCAACCAAUCGAUAGCAACUUUUUUAGCUUCCAACACCGUCUAUACGGAAGCUUCCACCAGCGCUAUUUAUUUCACUCAGAGAGUUACCACCGUUGGUAGUAAUUCUUAUCCAACCAACAUCAACACAGUCAACAAGAACAAUGCAAUCUUAAGAUGGGUACAAACUUCAGCAAGUUCCGGUUAUUACACAGCCUUUACUUUGUUCCCACCCGGUUCGGCAACAAUGUCCAUUCUCCUCACUCCAUGGAUCUACAGUCCUACCUACCAAACCUAUUCGGCAUCAUCUCAAACCACAUCGAUUGCCACACCAAUUUCCUCAAGUUCGGAAGUAGAUUUUAUGGUCUACGAAGCCCAGACGUUAUUUGAUCUCUUUGUACAUGCCGACGGAGUACUCUACCAAUACUCAAUUGGAGGCUUAAAGUCCACCAAUGUUUUUAAUUAUACCGCCUCAAAGACUGCAAUUGCUUAUGGAAGUACGCUUAUGGCUUGUACAUCCGAUAUCAACGGAGCAUACAUUGAAAAAUUCAACUUUGUUAACGGCCAACACAGUGUUUACAAUCUCACCACCGACUUUUCCGCUUGUUUGAACAUGAACAUGGACCAAAACUAUCAACAACUUUUCGUGUCCAUCGCCGACAGUCAAGGUAAUUUGGCAUUGAUCACCACCUCCUUUACCGGUUUGCAUCCAACCACCUUUAAAUUCACCCCAAGCGAAAAAGUUAACACCGUCAACCUCAACUCAUAUUCCUAUGCAGUUGGAGUUGAUAAUUCCAUCAAUGUUGUCAGAGUUGCUUCUGGCAUUGGUCAGAUCUACACAAUGACCUACAAGAACCUCUGUCCAAACCAAUGUAACAACCACGGUCAAUGCUUUUCCGGUGCUUGUAUCUGCAGUUCCAGUUGGUUAGGUGACGAUUGCUCCGUACCCAAACCUUUUAUCUACACUGGUGGAACCGCACAAGUUGCCUACCUCGGAACAACCGUGGUAACCAUCACAGGUGAGAGUUUUGUCAACACACCAAACAACAAAAUCACAAUUUGUGGUGGACAAUGUCUAUCAAUGGUUUUCGUAUCUGCGCAAUCGAUCAUCUGUACUCUCACUCUCUACGGUAACCAAACAAACUCUCCCUUCGAUAACUGUGAUAUCACCGUUUCAUUCAACGGUUAUUCAUCUGACACUGAAUACAUCAUUACCUACGCCACACCAACACUCUCUGAACAAUACUUCCAAGUUAACGACACCCUUGUUUUCAACGGUACCAACAUGUACAACGCCGCUAACUUCCAGGUCCGUAUCAACCAACAAACUCCGGUUAGUGAUUUAAUUGCCGAUCCAUAUUCAUUAUCCUUUAAGAUUCCAGCUGGCUCACAUAAUUUUAAUUUGGAUAUUUUUACUACUAAUACUUGGUUGUACUCAGGUAUCGUUAAACUCGUUCCAUAUUUGACUUCGAUUAAUCCAUCUUCUCUCCAAACCGCCUCUGGUUACAACAUUACAUUAUCUGGUGAUUUCUUCCAAAGUAACGACCUCACAGAGAUGAGAAUCUACAUAGGUGAUGAUUAUGUCAAUGGUACUGUUGUCGACAUGAACACCGUCAUCUUCCCAAACAUGGAAGGUAUCAUUGCGAAAAAAAUUAUCCGUGCCUACGAUGAUGCAACUUACCAACUAUAUUCCAACUCACUUGCUUUCGUAUACAGUCCUCCAACUAUUGUAAGCACCAAUAUCAAUCAAACAGAUAACACAAUCAUCUCCAUUCAAGGUAACAACUUUGGUAGUUCCGGUACCUUAAUUUCCUUCGCCAUCUCCAACAGCGAACCAAUUGCCGUCACCUUUAUUUCCGUCACCCACAAUAUUAUUAUUUUCAAAGCUCCAUCAACAAUCUUCACCGCCUUCUAUCAUUUGACAGUCGACGAUCAAGCAGCUGCCACUGAAAUUCCCCUUCUCUUCAAACCAACCAUCCAAUCGGUUUCAAAUCCACAUGUAACCGGAGGAAAUCUUACAAUUGUCGGUAACUACAUCAUAAACUCUGAAAUUUAUUUCAGCAAUAUUCGAGCUAGUGAACAAUUGAUUUCUCCAUGCGUUGCACAAUCUAGUAACAACAUACCAGCCACUAUCAUUUGUCAAGUUGAAGGAGGUGCUGGUGAUAUGGACGUUGUUGCUGUUUCUAAUCUACCAGAUGUAGGUACUUUAUAUACCCCUCCAUUCGAAUCGAAAUAUCAAGCCCCAUCUAUCUCCAACAUCAGUCCAGCUGUAUACUUUGCAAAUAGAACCGCUCAAUUUACAAUCUUUGGUGACAAUUUCUACAAUUCCAAUAUCAUUGUAAAGAUCAACGACGAAGAGUGUAACAUCACUGCUACCUUUACCAACAAUAUUACCUGUGAGAUUACCUCGCUGAAACUUGCAAAUGAAACCACCAAUCCAGUUCCAGUCUUUGUUUCAGUGGAAUCUCAAAAUGUCUUUGCCAACAACACUGUCGCUUACUAUGGAAAAUGGUGUUUGAAUGAUUGUUCACAACAUGGUACAUGUAACUACGAGACUACAGUGUGCAAGUGUGAUAUAGGAUGGAGAGGUAAUGAUUGUUCAGAAGAGAUUCCAGUACCAUCAACCACAACUUCAACACCAACUGGUGGAGCAACUACUGAUGCCACAACAGGAGGUGCAACUACCACAGGUUCAACAACAUCUGACCUUAAUUCAUCCAGUCAACUAUCAAUUAACAUUUUAGCCGCAUUGUUAUCAUUCUUUAAUCAAAAGCAAGCUAGAGAAGAUGACAGAACAAAAGAAACAUCUAGAGAAACUAAGAGGAAGCCGAGAUACAAUUGUCCUGUGGAGAAUGCUUUAAACGAAUUCCUAGCUCAGAAGCAACAACACAGCAACUUAAUGGAUUCAACAACUUCCAUCACCUACUCGCCAACCAAGAAGCGUUAUCAAGAUAUGGAUAACGUCCAAAUUCCCGACCAGUCCUUACUACAUAUCUGUUGGCACGUAGGAUCGAUCUUCCCAGCUUGGCUUUGGCGAAACAGUCACUCUCUACUAUCACGGGAGUGCUCGCACCGAAAACAACGAUUGUCAUUAUGCAACUUCUUGAUUACAUCGGUGGAUUUAUCAAACUUCUCUGCCAUUUGCACAUACUUCUCACGAGUUCAUCUCUUUGCCUUCUUGGUUUAG